ACGACGCAGCUGUCCACCACGAUGUGUCAAACGGUCCGCCGACAUGACUCUGCCACGCACGUCAGCAGUGCCAUUUCGCCAGGUUUGCAGGUUUGUUGGUCCGUGAUCGUGUUGAAGGAGAACCCUAUCCGUACGCAUGCGCGCUCAUACACAGUAUACAUAGUACUCUUGAGAUCAGUCGAUGGGCGUGUGUGGCGAGAAUUCUUCCAUGACAGUGCUCGUGACGGGGGGCUCGGGCCUCGUGGGCCGUGCUGUCCAAGAAUGCAUUGCAUCGGCGCCACCGACGGACGAGACGUGGGUCUUUACGCACUCGAACGAGGCCGACCUCACUGAUCUGGAAGCGACGCGGGCGCUCUUUGCCCGUCACAAGCCGACGCAUGUGCUGCACUUGGCCGCCAUGGUCGGCGGUCUCUACCGCAAUCUAGCGCAGCCGGUCGACUUUUUCAUGGCGAACGCGCGCAUGAACGAGAACGUGCUCCAAGUCGCCCACGAAUACGACGUCGUCAAGGUCGUCUCGUGCCUUUCGACGUGCAUCUUUCCCGACGCGACGCCGUACCCAAUCGACGAGACGAUGCUGCACAACGGGCCGCCCCACGCCUCCAAUCUCGGGUACGCCAUGGCCAAGCGCAACAUCGAUACCCUCAAUCAGUGCUACGCGCGGCAGUUUGGGCGCUGUUUUACGUCUGUCAUCCCGACCAACGUCUACGGCCCACACGACAACUUUCACCUUGACGACAGCCACGUCAUUCCCGGUCUUCUUCACAAGUGCUACCUGGCCAAGAAAGAGCAAACGCCAUUUGUUGUGAGCGGUACGGGCGCGCCGCUGCGGCAGUUCAUCUACAGCGCCGACUUGGCCACGCUCCUCGUCUGGGUAGUCCGCCACUACACCGAGACUUCGCCGCUGAUUCUAGCGGGCGACCCUAACGAUGAAGUUUCGAUCCAACGCGUUGCGGAAGGCAUCGCGGCCGCUUUGCAAUUCACCGGAGACCUCGUGUUCGACACGACCAAGGGCGACGGGCAGUACAGAAAGACCGCGAGCAACGCCAAGCUCCGAUCGCUGAGCCCCGAGCUCGGAGCCUAUCGGUUCACAACCCUCGAGGCUGGCUUGCAAACGACGGCCGCGUGGUUCCUUGACAACCUUACGACGUGUCGGCGGUAACGCGCGGGAGAUGAUGGCGAGAUGGAAAGAAGAUCUAUCGAAUGCAGCUACACUUUCGCGCAACCAGUAUUGUGGGAAAGGCCACCUUGUCCAUUUUCCGAGCUCGCUCAAAGCUGUAGCGGUCUCAUCAAUGCGAUUUCAUUCACCACACUAUUGGAUACAGUCGCUUACCCAGG